UUAGCCAAUCGGACGCCCUCCUCAAGUUCAGCAGUGUGUUGUCGGAAGAGUUUAGCAUCUUGUGCUAACGUACUCACAACAAUGCUGUAAAUCAGAAAAUAAAUGACAUUUAUGAGCCCACUCAGCACCGGUUGACAAUAAGAAGGUACGAUGCGUGUUUUUAGCCCCAGUUUCUUAUGCUAACGCAGCCUUGCGAGGAGUAAUAAGGAGAGGCUGAUGUUACGCGGGUCUGACGUUAAUCCGCAGCAUCUUUAUUUCUAACGUGAAGAUGACCGAGAGGGAGGAACGGCGCUUCGCUGAAGUGCCCCGGGAGUCCGUCAAACUGAUGGCGGAGAGCGCCGGAGUGGAGCUCAGCGAGGAACUGGCGGGUCUGCUGGCCGAGGAUGUGUGCUACCGGCUCAGGGAGGCCACACAGAACAGCUCACAGUUCAUGAGACAUGCGAAGAGACGGAAACUGAGUGUGGAAGACUUCAACAGAGCCCUGCGAUGGAGCAAUACUGAGACCGUUUGCGGCUAUGGUGCACAAGACGCCUUACCUUUCCGUCCACUAAAGGAAGGAGAACUUUUCUAUGUAGAGGAUCGGGAGAUAAAUCUGGUGGAGUUGGCACUUGCAACCAACAUACCCAAAGGCUGUGCAGAGACGAUGGUUCGAGUACAUGUGUCAUAUCUUGAUGGGAAAGGGAAUUUAGAACCUCAAGGCACAGUGCCCACUGCUGUUCAGUCUCUAUCAGAAGAUCUUCUGAAGUAUUAUCAGCAAAUAACACGGGCCAUUUUAGGAGAGGACCCACACCUCAUGAAGGUGGCUUUACUGGACCUCCAGUCCAACUCAAAGAUCGCUGCCCUCUUGCCUUACUUUGUUUACGUCAUCAGUGGGGUGAAAUCAGUAAGUCAUGAUCUGGACCAGUUAAACCGGCUUCUCCACAUGGUGAAGAGUUUGGUGCAGAAUCCGUACCUUUAUCUGGGAUCGUAUGUGCGCAGUCUGGUGUCCAGUGUCAUGUACUGCAUCCUGGAGCCUCUGGCGGCCUCCAUAAACCCCCUCAAUGACCACUGGACCCUCAGAGACUACGCCGCCCUUCUGCUCAGCCACAUCUUCUGGACACAUGGUGAUCUGGUGAGCGGCCUGUACCAUCAGAUCCUGCUCUCUCUGCAAAAAGUCCUGUCCGACCCAGUUAGGCCUCUCUGUUCUCACUAUGGAGCUGUAGUGGGUCUGCAUGCCCUUGGCUGGAAGGCUGUUGAACGUGUACUCUAUCCCCACCUCCCUGCCUACUGGGCCAAUCUGCAAGCUGUGUUGGAUGAUUACUCUGUGUCUAAUGCUCAGGUGAAAGCUGAUGGGCACAAAGUGUAUGGAGCCAUUCUAGUGGCGGUAGAGCGUUUGCUGAAGAUGAAGGCACUCAGUCUGACCCUGGCUGCAGAAGGAGGCAGUGCUGCUCUUUCGGGCUCUGUUACAGGAGCUGUCGGGUUUAGAGAAAACUCGCCGGGCCUCAGCCCACCACCAGAACCUCUUUCCGAACCUCCACUUGGCAUUGCAAGCCAUCUUCAAGCAGGUGGAGCCGGCUGCCCAUGGGAGGAGUGGACGCCUGUAUCUCUUCCUGCCAUGUACUGUGAACUCUACUCGUUUUUUGGAGACAGUCUGGCAGUGCGCUUCAGCACUGACCCGCCACUAGCUGGCGCUGCACCUGCAGGUCCCAGUCAGCCUCUAGAGGGCAGAAAAGAGACUGCAACUGCUGCCCCUAAUCUUGAGAGCACUCGAAAAAUGCCCCAGCUGACAGCCAGCAUGAAUAUAAGCCCACGGCAAGAUGGAAGCCCACGUACUGAACCACAGCCUCCUAGUCUGGCUGCUACUGUCCCGGGGAGAUCUCUUGCCCGCUCGUCCUCGUCCUCAUCAUCCGUCUCACGUUCCAGGUCAUCUUCAUCACGUCCCGGACGCUCGAGCAGUCAAUCCAGAGACAUUUUCCCUAAAGCCCGUUUCCCACUGCCUCAGGCUGGACCUCCUGCUUUUUCUUUCAUCAUUGGCGGGCGUCAAAUGGGCCGACGCUGUCAGGGCCGACGCUUUCAGACGAGUUUUUCCCCAACUCCCCCUCUAACCUCGCUCCCACCCCGCGCUUACGCCCACAAGCUGCCGGUCAUCGGGAGGGUCAGCAAACCUGUGCGCCGCUGGACGUCUUCACAUUACUCACUUCACCUGCCUCUUUAAAUCCUGAGGGUGACGUAUGGGACGUUUUAGAAACACGAGACUCCAGUGACAUCUCAUCUGGUGGCUGCAUUUGAGUAAUACAGAUAUAAAUACUAAUACUAAAAUGUUUUUGAUAUUCAAAAUGCAUCACUAUUCUCUCUUCAAUGAUUGUGGGAUAAUCUUAACAGCAGAUGGGAAUAAUUUAAACAGCUCAUUAUGUAUUCACUAAAACCUUAUUAAUAAUUAUUUUAGGUUCAAGUGGUAUUUGAAUGGCAGUGUUUCCCAACCCGGUUCCUGGAGGCACACCAACAGUACAUAUUUUGGAUGUCACCCUUAUCUGACCCAUUAACUUCAGGUUUUGAAGUCUCUUAUAAUGUUCCAAUGAGUUUAUUCAGGUGUGUUUGAUUAGGGAGAGGUUGAAAAGGUGUGCUGUUGGUGUGUUUUUAGGAACAGGGUUGGGAAAACAACAAGAAAUUAGAUACAAGCAGAGUACAGCUGUUUGUAAAGCAUACGUUUUUUUUUCAAGAUGCAUCACUAUUCCCUCUUGAAUUGAUUCUGAGCUGAUUUUAACAACAGAUAAGAAUAAUUUAAACAGCUCACUGUGAAUCCACUUAAACUUGAUUAAUUUUAGGUUUAAGUGGUAUUCAUAAGGAAUUAGAUGCAAGCAGAGUACAAUUGUUUGUAAAGCAUACAUCGCCAUCUUUUUAAAAAAACUAAGCUCAGAAACCAUUCAAGAGAAAAUAGUAAUGCUUUUUUUUUUUUAGAUCUCAUACUUGAUUUCUGAAACGAUUAUUUGCUACAUUUAGGUUUUUCAUGAUACUGGAAUUCGGUAACAAUCUAUACUGGAAUUUUAAAAGCGUCCAUUUUCCCGCAAACUAUUGAUUGUGAUUGGCCGUCAAGGUCAUCAGUUCACCGAACUCACAGCUGUUUACUGAGUGUAAACACAGAUACAGGGACACUGGAGUCACGUCGAUCAGCUGGUUUGUCUAUAAGCUGACCUACGAGUGAUGAAUUAGAACAACCCAGUGUCACUGUAUCUAUGGUUACACUUAGUAAACAGCGGUGAAUUCAGUGAACUGAUGACCUUCACGGCAAAUCACAGUCAUUUCUGUUGAGCAUGUGAACACGAUGGCAAAAAUCAGUGAUUUCUAAGGAAUUUUUACGAGAAUUGAACGUUUUUAAAAUUCCAGUAUUGAUUGGCACCAAAUUCCAGUAUCGCGACAGCCCUAGCUACGGCUUUUCGAAGUGCUUUACGCAGAUGAGGCAAAUAUUAUUUUAGAGGGGAGAUGUUUUUGAAUGGCCGUUUUUGAAUUACUCUUCUGAUUCUGAUCAGUAGAUUUUACUUUGAAUUAUUUCAUACUUAUGUUUGAAUCUACUGAUGAUGAUAGUGACAGUUUAAGUGUAUAUUUAAUGUUCUCAAAGGAUGAAGAUGAGCAAAUACUGCUUCAUUGGCUUUAGUUAUUACAGUAUGUAUGUUUGUAUGAGAGUGACGUUUUUACAAUGAAUAGACUGCUAAAAAUAAAUACAUUAUGUAAUGUCGGCAAAAGAUAUUA